CAGGUUGCAUUAAAGUAAAACUUUGCUGCUGUGAAUAGAGCUUGUUAACAUGAAACUCACUGGAAUCAUCUGCAUCCAGGAGCGCUAUGGAGCAAUUUUCAACAUGGAGGAAAAAUUGUUACAUGUGUCUGGUAAUAGAAGACAGUAUUUCACUGACAGAAAACUUACACUGAGUGGGGUAGCAACACCCUGGCGCCAAACCCCCAACUCCAAAGUGAACGGAAAUGCUGGAGCACUGAAUGGAAGAAGUAUGAGAGCCGUGGUGACAGGAGGCGGAGGCUAUUUUGGAUACAAGCUGGGAUGUGCUCUUGCCAAAGCAGGAGCUUCUGUUGUUCUGUAUGACAUACACAAGCCUAUCUGGGAAAUUCCCAAUGGAAUAGUGUGUAUCCAGGCAGAUGUCAGGGAUUAUGAUGCCAUAUUUGCAGCCUGUGAAGGGGCUGACUGUGUGUUUCAUGUAGCUUCAUAUGGAAUGUCAGGAAGAGAGCAAUUGCACAGAGAAGAGAUUGAAACUGUAAACAUUCAGGGAACAAGAUUCAUCAUUGAUGCCUGCAAACAAAGGAACAUCGCUAGAUUGAUAUACACCAGUACAGUAAAUGUGGUGUUUGGAGGGCUUCCUAUUGAAGACGGUGAUGAGGAAACUGUGCCAUAUUUUCCAAUUGAAAAGCAUGUUGAUCAUUAUUCCAGAACCAAAUCAAUUGCAGAACAAAUGGUACUAGCAGCUAAUGGAACUCCACUAGCAGGAGGUGGAAUACUCUAUACGUGUGUUCUUCGCCCACCAGGAAUCUAUGGACCAGAAGAGCAAAGACACUUACCAAGGCUAGCAAAGAAUAUUGAGAGAGGGCUACUCAGCUUCAAGUUUGGGGAUCCUUGUGCUAAAAUGAACUGGGUGCAUGCAGAGAACCUUGUACAAGCUCAAAUUCUAGCUGCUGACGCUCUCACCCCUGAAAAGAACUACAUAGCUAGUGGCCAGGUGUAUUUCAUUAAUGAUGGCGAAAAAUUCAACCUUUUUGAAUGGUUAACUCCACUUUUUGAAAGAUUAGGUUGCAGUAAACCACGGAUACGUAUUCCUACUUCCUUAGUUUAUGCAUCAGCCAUGAUAAUGGAAUACCUUCAUCUGAUGCUGAAGCCAUUUGUUGAACUGUCCCCACUGCUGACCAGAAAUGAGGUACAGAACAUUUCUAUAACUCACACAUUUCGAAUAGACAAGGCACGGAGUCAGCUGGGGUACAGCCCAGAGAAGUUUGCAUUUGCUGAUUCCGUGGACCACUACAUUAAAACCAGACCAGAAGCCCAGAAUCAUCACAUCUUCCUCAAAGUUUUGCUUUCUUUAAUUGUUAGUUUAAGUUUGAUCUUUCUUUCCUUAAGAUUCGAUGGCCUUUCGGUUUUGCAUUUUUUUAAAGAAACACAACGCUGA